AAUCGUGUUGCCAAAAAUGGAAAAUUCGAGUACAGUCUGGCAAGAUCUGCAAUAUCGCGAGCGCAUGGAAUAUUUGCUCGAGAGCGGCCACUUGUCGGAUUGUAGUUUUGCGGUUUUCGAGGAGGGCACCAAAAUGAUCAUCAAGUGCCACAAAUUCGUGCUGAUUUCGUCCUCGCCAGUGUUCGAGCGCAUGUUCGAGGGGGACUUUGAGGAGUCGAAGACAUCGAAUCAUAUAGUCCUGGACGAUGUGUCCGGCCAGGACUUUAAGAAGUUCAUAGAGUACUUGUAUUGGCAUGACAAUCGUUGUCUGCAGGAGUACGAGCUACCGACGUUGCAGACGCUGAUAUAUCUGAGCAAGAAGUUUCUGGUUUCGACCAUGGUUAAUAAGUGCUUGGACGCGAUAAAGCGCCGACUGGCCAUAGGAUUGGAUGCCGAUAUUACGGUUGAUUUGUUCGCAUACGCUCAUCAAAUUGACAAUUCUGAUCUGCUCACAAGCGCAAAAAUGGUCUUGCGCCAAAAUCCGCUUUUGUACAUCGAUGCGGAAGCGGUUUAUGACCUGAGCUCCGAUGUAUUUCUGAAAUUCAUUUUCGAAUUUCAAUCACUGGUUACCGAAAGGAAACGCUUCGAUGUGAUCGAUCGCUACUGCCGGACCCAAGGACUGAUCGGAACGCCUUCAACACCCACAGCCAAUAAUAAGGAUGCAGAUACAGCAGCAGCGGUCUCCAGCAUGAAGAAAGUUGCGACCACAAACAUUGUUUUGAAUGUCGGGGAGAGUGCUGACGAGCUGAAAACCAUCAAAAAGGAUGAGAAUGAUAACGAAAUUAAAACGAAAAAGGAUGACCCUGCACCUUUUAAGGAAGCGGACAAUGAGAACCCCGAACAAGAAGAGGAAGAAAAACGGGAUCGGGAAAAGAAUAAUGAAUUCAUCAAAACAUUAAUAAGCAAUGUUCAAUUCUCGAAAAUGUCUCCGUACGAUUUCUGCAGUGGACCGGGAGUAUCGGGUUUGUUAACCUACGACACCAAGUUUCAGUUACUCUCCAAUAUUUGCGUUUGUGUGGAAAAAAAUCGCUUAUUAAGCACAGCUCGCCCAUAGAGCGUGUUCUGAUUGGGUCAACUAAUCAAUCCCAAUAUUUGUAUUAUAUAAAAUAUACACAUAUGUAUUUUGAUCGAAG